UUUAAGAGUGAUGAUAUCAUAAAGGAUGGAAUGAUGGGAGAGAGAAAAAAUAAUUAGCAGUGUGAAGUUGUUGUGUGAUCCAAAAGAAACACAUCUCUGUGUUUGUUCCAAUGGGGGAGGAUUGUAGGGAGUUUGGAGAAAGCACCAAAAUGAAGGAGAAGAUGGAAGAAGUUGAGAGAGAGGAAGAAAUAGACCCAGAAAGCAAUCCAGUGAAUGAGCCACUUUUGAAGAGGAACCGAACACUGUCUUCCAACCCUCUUGCUCUGGUUGGAGAAAAAGUUUCGUACAUAGAAAGCUUGGAUUAUGAAAUAAAUGAGAAUGAUCUAUUCAAGCAUGACUGGAGGAGCAGAUCAAGAGUUCAAGUGUUGCAGUACAUAUUCUUGAAAUGGUUAUUAGCAUUCCUUGUUGGACUUCUGACUGGUAUCAUAGCCACUCUCAUCAAUCUUGCUAUUGAGAACAUUGCUGGGUAUAAGCUUCUGGCUGUUCUUAAAUACAUCCACAGAGAAAGGUACUUGACAGGUUUCCUAUAUUUCACGGGCAUUAAUUUCAUUUUGACAUUUGUUGCUGCAAUUCUCUGCGUGUGUUUUGCACCCACAGCAGCAGGACCUGGAAUUCCUGAAAUCAAAGCUUAUCUUAAUGGUGUAGAUACUCCUAACAUGUUUGGUGCUACAACAUUGAUUGUCAAGAUAAUUGGAAGCAUUGGAGCAGUGUCCGCAGGACUAGAUUUGGGAAAAGAAGGACCGUUGGUACAUAUAGGAAGCUGCAUUGCUUCCUUACUAGGCCAGGGAGGUCCCGACAAUUACAGGAUCAAAUGGCGUUGGCUUCGAUAUUUUAACAAUGAUCGUGACCGUCGUGAUCUUAUCACCUGUGGUUCAUCUUCGGGAGUUUGUGCAGCUUUCCGGGCUCCGGUGGGUGGAGUUCUCUUUGCUCUUGAAGAGGUGGCAACCUGGUGGAGAAGUGCUCUACUAUGGAGAACUUUUUUUAGCACAGCUGUGGUGGUGGUGAUUCUCAGGGCCUUCAUUGAAAUCUGCAAUUCUGGAAAAUGUGGUCUUUUUGGUGAAGGAGGUUUGAUUAUGUUUGAUGUAAGCAAUGUGACAGUGAGGUACCAUGUUAUGGAUAUUGUCAUCGUUGUAGUCAUCGGUAUCAUAGGCGGGGUAUUGGGAAGCCUUUACAAUCAUGUUCUACACAAGAUCCUCAGACUCUACAAUCUCAUCAAUCAGAAAGGAAAGAUACAUAAACUCCUCCUCAGUCUUGCAGUUGCACUCUUCACGUCCAUGUGCCAAUAUGGUCUCCCAUUCUUAGCAAAAUGUACCCCAUGUGAUUCAUCGAUUCCAGAGUCGGCAUGCCCCACCAAUGGACGAUCCGGAAAUUUCAAACAAUUCAACUGUCCACCUGGCUACUAUAACGAUCUGGCCACUCUGCUGCUUACCACUAAUGAUGAUGCUGUUCGAAACAUAUUCUCAACCAACACCCCUCAAGAAUAUCAACCCAUGUCCCUCCUAAUUUUCUUUGUACUAUAUUGCAUAUUAGGACUAAUUACUUUUGGAAUUGCAGUGCCAUCUGGGCUUUUCCUCCCAAUUAUUCUAAUGGGCUCAGGUUAUGGACGCCUUCUUGGCUUAUAUAUGGGGCCUCAUACAAACAUUGACCAAGGGCUGUUUGCCGUACUUGGUGCAGCCUCCCUCAUGGCUGGUUCCAUGAGGAUGACGGUAUCCCUUUGUGUGAUCUUUCUUGAACUCACCAAUAAUCUUCUCCUACUACCAAUAACGAUGAUUGUUCUCCUAAUAGCCAAAACUGUGGGAGACAGUUUCAACCCAAGUAUCUACGAGAUUAUACUGCACUUGAAAGGCCUCCCUUUCAUGGAUGCAAAUCCCGAGCCAUGGAUGAGAAAUCUCACUGUGGGUGAGCUUGUUGAUGUAAAACCAUCUGUGGUUACCCUCCAAGGAAUAGAAAAGGUAUCUAAAAUAGUAGAUGUCUUGAAAAACAAUGCGCAUAAUGGCUUCCCUGUUUUGGGUGAUGGAGGAGUAGCAGUACCACCAGUAGUAGGACAAGCCAAUGGAGCAACAGAGUUGCAUGGACUAGUUUUAAGAGCACAUCUCAUCCAAGCACUAAAGAAGAAGUGGUUCUUUAAAGAAAGAAGGAGAACAAUGGACUGGGAAGUGAGAGAGAAAUUUACCUGGGUAGAGCUGGCUGAGAGAGAAGGAAGUAUUGAAGGGGUGGCUGUGACCAGCGAGGAAAUGGAGAUGUUUGUAGAUCUACAUCCUCUAACCAAUACAACUCCCUUUACCGUGCUAGAGAGCAUGUCAGUAGCAAAAGCAAUGAUUCUCUUCAGACAAGUUGGAAUUCGUCAUCUGCUUGUAGUACCCAAGUAUCAAGCAUCCGGGGUAUCCCCAGUAAUUGGGAUCUUGACCAGGCAAGAUCUGCUGGCACACAACAUUUUGACAGUCUUUCCUCACCUGGCAAAAUCUAAGAGCAGAGGAAAAAGAAAUUGAAGCUUUCCUAGUAAUUGAGAUUGAAUGGUCAAGCAGCACCAUUGGGGCAAGUUGGUUUAAUAAUUCCUCAAGUUAUUCCUCAAUUUUGUAUUACUUAUACCAAAAGCAUGUUGAAUAAGAUACAAAAGCAAUGUAAAACUAUAUUCAAAUUUUAAUAUUCUUUCAACACAAUUAAUCAAACGAUG